AUGGAAGAUUCCCCAUGUUACGUCUACCUUGAGGCAUGCAGGCAGCAAGGUGUCAAACUUCCUAACCCAGAACUUGUGCACUUUUUACAGGCCCACGACUCCUUCAGUAGCAUCGAGGAGAUUGAUGUCAGUAACAACUACCUGGGCAACCGUGGGAUCUUGGCUCUUCUCGACGUCGUAAAGGUCCUCCCCAAAAUACGUUUUCUCAAUUUGUCGGACCAAAAGCUAUACAACACAGAUCUCAAUCAGAGUAGUGUGAAGGGCAACGCCACGAUAGACGCGAUUAUCGAUGUUUGCAAGACGCACCCGACGUUGACGUCUAUCAACCUCAGUAGUAACCCCAUCGGCAACUACGCGGGUCGCAAGCUCCUCGCGCUCGCGCAGGUGAACAAAAACGUAUCCCGUAUUGAGAUCACCAACACGCAGAUCGAUUUUGAGCUACGACAGCGCAUUAAGGCGCAGUGUGAUGAGAACACCAUGACCUUGUGGUUUUCUCAUACGAAGCAACACGACGGACGCGAGGAGGUGGGGUUUGGUGAGGGUCCGAAGUGGGUUCCCGAUUCUGCGCCCGCUGAUCUUACCGCGCUCGGAGCGGGCCGAGGGCGGCGACAGACCGUCCGCGUGGAAGGGAUAGAUCCGGAAAAGGCAAAGCACUAUAGACCGCCGGUGUAUGAAAAAUCCGAGGAGGACAUGGAGCUGAUCUGCAACCUGCUCACGCACAACGUGCUUUUCAGUUUCCUCACCACGAAAGAGAUUCGGUCGGUGGCGGGGGCGAUGUACCCGGUUGAGUUUAAGCGUGAUGAAUGCAUUAUUCAGUUCGGGCAGAAGGAUUGCAAUAAGCUCUACGUCAUCCAGUCCGGCCAGGCGGAUAUCAUCAAAGAAGGGCAGAAGGUUUUUCUCAAAAAGGAGGGCACCGCAGUUGGGGAGCUAGAGUUGCUCUACGAUACCCCCGCGGUAGCGACGGUAAAGGUUUGCACUGAUAACUUGGUAGCGUGGGUGCUCGAUCGCGAGACGUAUCGAAAUAUGGUGAUGGGGAGCUGCAUUCGCAGGCGUGAGCUGUACGUCGCGAUGAUCACGAACAUUCCGUUCCUAGAAAGCCUUGACCAUUACGAGCGGAUGCAGGUUGCGGAUGCCCUCAGCAGCAACGAAUACAACCCUGGCGAUUACAUCAUUAAACACGGUGAGACGGGCGAAUGGCUGCACAUCAUAAUUGACGGAACUGUGGAGGUGAUUGGGCGGGAUCCGGAGGGCAACAAGACAAAGGUUUGCGAAUUUUCCAAAGGAGACCACGUUGGCGAGCUUGAAUUUAUUAAUAAUCACCGCAACGUCGCGGAUGUGAUUGCCGUGACACAUGUAACGACCGCUAAGCUCAACCGUCGCCAUUUUGAGAUGUGCAUGGGGCCGGUUUUAGACGUGCUAAAGCGCGAUAGCACAAGCAGCAAGUACCAAUACUACCAAAACAUCCUCCAAACUCAGCGACAGGAGGAAAUUUAG